CUUGGCGCUGUUACUAUGGCAGCUGCUCAGUCUGAUCCGCAGUCGCUGCAUCUCUCCGUCGGUGUUUUGGGGAUCUCAGCCGGUUCUUUGCUGCUUCUGGUCGAGGACUAUGGCAGCUCCCCUGGCAAACACCUCAUCCCUAGCACUGCUCUGGGGAUUGAGCUUCUCAUUAUCGCUGCCCUACUGGCCUACGCAGGAGUGCGUCGGAUUUUGUCCCAAAGCUCUCUCUAUGCCUAUUUGUGUCUGACGGUGUCCGCCCUGUGGUGUGGCUCAGGGCUGAUUCAUAUACUUUUAGGGGAAAAUAUAAUCACCACUGAACAUGAGCUGAGAAAUGCGAUGGUGCCAGGGCUCGCCGCUUUUACUUUAGCCUUGCUUGUCAUUUCUUUAGUGGCUGUCGUGCAGAGGGAGAUUGUCCUUUCCUUCAUUGCCCUAAGCAUAUGUUUGGCAUGUGCCCAUCAGAUUGCCGGCCUAGCUAACUUAAGCUUUGGCCAGUCAGCCACUGCUGCCUGCUACCUUUUGGUCUGUUUUGUGACUGCUUACUUUGGGAGUGGACGCUUGUUGUCCUACAUAACCCGUGGUAAGAUUCAACCACCAGGGACACAUCUGCAGAGUAAAAUCAGCUUGAAGGCAGCUCAGGGUCAAGAGGCUGAUGACGUAGUUGCAGUGGGUUUGGUGAUGAACUUGUUGUCAGCCUGCGUGCUGGCUUGUCCCCUGCUUGGCGUGGUCCCUCAGCUCUUCUCAGGCCUUGUUCCUUGGCUGUGGACAGCUGGGGUCUUCCAGCUGGGUGUCUGUGUUCUCUCCUACAGAGCCCUGGACACCCUGGCCGCCACCUUCUAUGGCUUUACAGCCAUACUGAAGUUUUCUGAGGGGUAUAGCGCACUAGUGAGAGACCUAACAAACCAAGAACCCUAUUCCCCAGUACCCUUCCCUACUGUUUUCUCAGUGCUCUUUUUUGUCCUGGCUUUGUUUAGUUGUCACAGAAGUUUACUCGAUGGCCUCUAUCAGCUUUUCUUCGUAGCAUACUGUAUAGCGAUCGCUGCCCAACCCAGAGGCUUUUUCCAGGGAGGCACACAAGGUGUCCAAGCAGCUAUAUUUGUGGCAACUGCCCUUAUGCUUCUAGUGACCCUCUAUAAUAAGGCAUCUUUAAAGAAGUUUCCCACAGGUGAUGGUCUGCUCAAGAACUUUCUGAGUCGCAGUGGUAAAUUCAUGCUACGAACCCAGGACAAAGAUCUGCAUGCCCCCUAUUUGGGCUACUCCAAGUACGCAGAUGCUGAGGUGUUGGGCCAUGGCUGUAGUGUUCUGGCGGCUUUUGCCAUCACUGCUAGCACAACCAGCCAGGAUCCCUUGGCGGUUUUGAUUUUGCCGUGGGCUGUGGUGUCAGGUGGUCUGCUGCAGCUACUCUGUGGCUCAGUGGCCUUUGCACGAGGUAAGACUCUGGAGAGCACAGCCUUCAUACUCUAUGGUGUCAUGUGGACAGUUUGGGGUCUGACGCGUUUUGGUGGCCUCUACGGUGAUGUCCGUGGGUUCCACGUAGCAGUGGGAAUCAUCAGCUUCAUGCUUUUCAAUGUUCUAGUGACAGCGGGAGCCCUGUUCCUAAAUAAGGUGUGGUUUGUCUAUGCAUUAUCGUUUGAGCUCAUUCUCAUUAGCUUCUUGCUGGACGCAGUUGGAUCACUGCCAUAUGGCUAUGACAUCGGUGUCACCAUCAUCUUUGGGUUGGUCAGUUUCUAUUUUUUCCUGGCCAACUUAUUCAACUGCACCUUCCAGACUCCACAGCUUCCGUUUGGUGAUCCUCUGAUCAAGCUGAGUGGGUUUGGUGGUGGCAGGGACAGCUGUCCUCAUCUUCCUGCAAGGAAAGCCACAUCUGUGCAGCAGAUUGCAGAGAUUAUGAAGAAUGGAGGAAUAUGCGGAAUGCCCACUGACACAGUCUAUGUGCUGGUGGCAGCUUGCAAUCGGCCAGAGGCUGUCGAGAAAGCUUACAAGGUGAAGAAGCAGGCUCAGGAGCGUCCCAUGUCAUUAUGGAUUUCCUCCAUUCGGCAGUUACAACCAGUCAGACAACAGAUCAAUCCACUGCUCUGGGACUUCAUGGAGGCUGCUUGGCCCUCGUCCAUCAGCAUGGUCAUUCCUAGAGCCCCGUGGAUGGAGUUCUUUGGUUUGGCUGAUUCAUCAAAAUAUAUUGGCACCCCGCAAAGCAUAGCUAUCAGAAAUCCUGACUGCACCGUUGCGACCCACCUUAUUAGCUUGGUCGGCCCGAUCGCUGUUACAUCAGCCAACCCGACAGGUGAAGCAGACACAACCCAUCAUAACCAGGUGUACGCCAAGCUGGGUGAUAAGGUCGACGGAGUGCUAUGUGAUGGACCUUCACCAGAAAACAUUGCCUCUACUGUUGUGGACUGUACUAAGAUUGAUAAUGGCCAAAUUGGCUUUUUCAGGGUUGGGCUUAUACCUAAAUCAAAGGUCCUGCAAAUCUUUGAGGAGAUUCAGAGAAAACAGCAGCGCGGACAUGUGAACAGCGGCUUCGAGGGAGACAUCACUGCUCCUGAAAUAGAAUCAACCCUACAACUCACAGAUCUUGAAACGGACUCAGACCUAAGCCGGCCAACCUCUACAGGGUCGCUGAACUCGCUGGACCUCAUCCGACAUGGCAGUGAGGAGUACGAGGAUGAAUCCUUGUAAAUGCUGCCGAACAGUCACCAUGAUAACAGCAUUUUAGCUUGUAGAUUGUUUAGAACAUGAUGCGUACAUUAAAAUCACAACGAAUGGUUUGGGAAAUGAAGAAAUCGCAGUAAUAAAAGUGGCCAAUUUUAUAAGAAAACAUUUUUUAAAGUAUUUUUUUAUAUUACACAGUAAUGUGAGAGAAUGAAGACAUUUAUCUGGGCAGGAAGCGUCGACCCCUUUGGAAUAAAUACAAAUGAACAAUUUAAUAAUACAUUGUGAUUAGAUGUGUAUCCAUGUAUUAGAUCUCUCUUCGCCAAUUUACAGUCACCAUCCAACACGUAUUUAUCUGGUCACACCUCAGUAAAUUAAUGAAAUCAAAUAUUAGAAUAUGACGUCCAUAAAACAUCCACUGUGCUGAAUUUACAUUAUUAUUAUUAUUAUUAUUAUUGUUGUUGUUUUUGUUGUUAUUAUUAUUAUUCCAUACAUCAAUGGUGAGAAAAAGGUAUAGAAACCAUUAAAGGUUUCUGUUGGUUCCUG